AGUGUGUAGUUAAACGCUUGUACAGAUUUUUAAAUAGCCGUUUUUUUUGGGACAGGGAGGGUGCACAAGUUUUGUUUAGGUAUAUAUAACGAACAACUUACAGGGGCCACCGCUAUAUGUAGAGACACAUUAGUUUUGUAACAAAGCAUUUAGCCAGCCUGCGCGCUAACAAAAGCUGUUUCCUUUUCUACCAAAGAGAGAAAAAAAGGCACACAAAGGAAAUGCGGCCGAUUGGUUUGAUAGUAUUAACGGUAGCUGGAGUUGUCUAAACAGUCGAGGAGGGAUACAUGUUUAAAAAUGCUCGUAACACCCAAGUUACCAUAGCAACCUUAACUUCUUGGUACCUGUUUUAACUGAUUUCGACAUCUUUUUUUCUUUUUUUGGCCAACUGUAAUGCCAAAACGUUGACGACUUUCUAUCUUACUUACUUUCCUUUUAUAUAAAUUACAUUACAGGGUUGUUUUUUCUUUGUGUGCACUUUAACGUUAUGUGAGGAAUCAUGCUGGUUACUAUGGCGAUAACCGUUAAAAGAAAAAAAUGAGUCCUAUCCUGAAGACUAGCAAGGAGGAAGCUAACUACGAGCUAACCGUAGCAUUUUUAGCUGCUAGUGUUGCUUAGCGACUAUCUUUCAGCUUCUUUUUUAAGUGUCACAAAACGUGUAUGACUUAGUCGACUCUCUUAAGGAGCUCGUCAUUGUGUGUGUGUGUGUGUGUUUUGAAACAGUUCGCAACGAAACAGCUUUAAUGUUUUGUUAGCAUUUUGCUAAUUAGCUUAGCCAGGCUAUCGACAGCUACAGUAGUUAUAGCUACUGAAGUGAUACAGGAAGGGAAGGGAAGUGAACAUAAAGAGGGUGGUGGUGGUUAUAUCUAACUAACAAUGGCAACCCCUACAAACGAGUCCUUGUUCUUGAUAAAGGAUGUGAAGCCUGGGUCGAAAAAUCUGAAUAUUGUGUUCAUCGUGUUGGAAAUAGGACGAGUAACCAAAACGAAAGAUGGACACGAGGUGCGCUCCUGCAAAGUUGCAGACAAGAGUGGGAGCAUUGCCAUCUCUGUUUGGGAUGAACUCGGCAGCCUUAUUCAGCCAGGAGACAUCAUCAAGCUUACUAGAGGCUAUGCAUCCAUAUGGAAAGGCUGCCUGACCCUAUACACUGGAAGAGGAGGGGAUCUACAGAAGAUCGGAGAGUUUUGCAUGGUGUAUUCAGAAGUGCCCAACUUCAGUGAGCCAAAUGCAGAGCUGCUAAGCCAAACAAACCAGCAAAACAAGUCUGGUAAACCAGACCAGAAUCAGAGGGGAAACUCUCCGCCCAAUCAGAAUUCAGGUACACCUGCCCCACCAGGUAACGGUGCCAUGCCACCAUUUAACAACAAUAACAACCCACCAUCCGGUGCACCCCGUGAUUCUGCAUUUGGGAGUGUCGGGCGACCCAAUGGUCGGUCACCUGGCAAUGGAGCGCCUCCAGCUACUGUUGCUGGACCCCAGACAGCCGCAAAGUCUUCAGUUACCAUUAGCAAUGGCAGGGACCCACGGCGUGCCAAAAGAUGAAAGUGGGGUUAGGGGGAUCAUGUAGGGAAAUCAUGUAUGUCCCCAUUUCCCCCUACCCCCACCCCCCCUUUUUUUCUUUAAAAAAAAUCAAAUCUUUCUGCCUCUUCCCCAUCUCACCCACAUUGGCUUUCAAAAUAAUGAAAUAAAUUUAGAGUACUUGCAUAAUUUUUAUACAGGCUAACAUAGUCGAAUGUGUUGUUUGUCAUGUGUAAGUAGUGCUCUGUUAGCAUCACACUAUGAUUGUGAUCUGCCACUUGAUGCACUAGCGGGAUUUUUGAACAGUCAGGCCUUUUGAUGGUUGAGUUGUGGUCAGCCUUCUCAGUCUACACCCAUGUCCUCUAAAUCUCACUGCAAAUUGCCAGUUCUGUGCCAGUGUUAUCUCCUCCACGCACUAGCCUAACCCCCCCUCCCCCUGUCAUGUUUCAAACUAUACACCCUACUUGAACACUUGAUGCACUUUCUUCUCUUAAUUUAUGGCGGGAAAACCUGGCUGUCAUUUAAAUCAGGAAUCUGCUUCUGCUCUCCAGUGGAAAAGGCCUUAAGUUGGUGAAAAUGAAUUCUUGGACUGAAUGCACAAGCAAAAUUCUUCAAAGGGUCUUUCCUCUCUAACCAAACUGUAUCUGAAGUGACUCUGUGAAAGGAAAGGUGUUAGUUUGGGAUUUUUAAUGAUGGGAAGGUAGAGUAUUAAACUGUUUUUUUUCAUAAGACUUUUUCUUUUUUUCUUGUUUGCCAUCAGUUGUACCUUCAUCGAGGUGGGACCACUUUAAUACCAGCGAAACGGUUCACCGAAUAAAUUUUACAGC